AUGGCGGAAGACGGUUCCAAGGAGCCAGAGAUCAAGGUGUCUCAGGACGGCAUCAACGCCAACUUCAGCCUGUCGCCUAGACUCGAUCAGCUUCCAUCAAGGCCCAUGGGCUCAGCCGCGCGAGGCAGGCAUCGCCAUCACAGUCGAAACCAGUCCAUCGACACAAAAGACCGCACCAGUCCCAUCCUCGGUUUCGGUCCGCUGCAGUCUUCCUCGGAUCGAUCUUGGACCAUUGCUGAAGCUUCAGGAGGCGCAGAACACAAUGCAGCCUCUGCAGAUUCCAACUCGACAGAUUCGUCUCGCUCUGUCAACGGCUCGAGCGACCACCUUGCAAGCUCUCGAUCCAAACCAGCCUCGAUGAACCACUUGUCUGCCUCUGGCUCCCCGACCUUCCUUCCACACACACGAAAGGUCAGCGCCGGAUCCAACGCGAACAGCAGCAGCAGCAGCGCCGGAAGUGCCUCGCCCGAUGCCAACUUCACCUCUGAAUUGCGGCGCACCAAUCCUCGCAACGCCGAUCGACACCAGCCAAAUGGCACCACUCACCACUUUUCCGAGGGCAGCGCUCGCCGCACCUCUUCUCCUGCACGCACCUUUGCUGGUGCCCCGAUCUCGCCUCGCCUCCAAUCCACAAUGUCGGCCCACGCUGGACUCGCACGCGCUCGUCGCGCAAGCACCGAUCUAGCCACCGCUCCCUUCCGAGCGCCUUCGCCCAUCUUCUUGCCGUCGACUUCGCCGCCCACCGUGCCCAUCAACCCAGACGCACAACACGCCUGGGACUCGGUCUGGCCUCGCUCGUCUACGCCGGACCGCGCCGAUCAGCUGCGCAGGAUGGGCUCGGCCUCACCUGUCGCCGGGUCCCCGGGUCGUGCUUCGCCUUCGGCGGGCUCGGAUUCGAUGGACCUCUCACGGUCGCCUGCUACGUCAGCCGAAUCAGGAUCGCCGGCAGGCUCAUCCAACACCAUUCUCGGCCGACCCAAAGCGCGGCGACCGCACGAGCUGCGCGGCUCGUCCUCCUCGCCCGUUUUGCGCACCGGUCUAAGCAACAUGCGUGACACCCACGACCCACACAAGAGCCCACGCAGAAGCAUCGAGGUGGCCAAGACCGACCCCGUCGUCAAAAUCGGUUUCACUCCGCCUUGGUCGACCUCGGACGCGUCGGAAGAGACGUCCAAACCCACGUAUGCCAGCGCCGUGACUUCCGGCCAAAGUCCAGCAAGCAGGGUCCUCUCGCCCGCCACCGAAGCUGCGCCGCACGUGGACGUUGCGAACGCACUCGUAUCUCAUCGCACCAACAGCAGCGGCUCGUCGUGGUUGCCAGAGCGGGCCGAGUCACCCCUGGCAAGCCUUAACAACGCUGAUCCCAAGAAGCGGUACAGCUCAGUGCCCGUGCCUCAGUCGCUGCCGCUCCCAACCCGAACACCUUCUCCGAAGAUCUCGCCCACGUCACCGCGCUCACCUUUCCUCGAGCUUUCGGAUCCGUCCGGAUCAGCCCCGAAUGGGGCCAGCAUGGGUCUGGGCGAGAGUCCGCCUAAGACGCGCAGCUUCAUCGCCAUGCCGCCGCGCUCGGGCUACGAUCUCAGUGACGAUCCGGACGAUGUGGGCUCGUCGGAGGAAGAUGGCUCCAAUUCCGAAAGAGAGAGCGUGGGCACCAACGACGAGGAUCAGGAGGGCUCCGAGUUCGACGAGGACGACAUUGCAGAAACAGGCGAUGACAUCGAAGAAGACGAAGAUCGCGUCAGCUCGACAAACAGCUCCGCAGCAGCAGCGAAAAGCAUCGAGGACGUCAGUGAAUCGCCUGGCAGCGGAACCAGUCCCAUGACCGGGGCCGAACGCCCUUCGCUGCCUAAACGUCCCAGUCUCACCAGAUCUGGUGUGGUCCCACCACCGAUCGCCAUCAUCGACCAUCCUCGAGGUGCACUCAAUCCUCUUGCCCAGGCCGAAUCUUCCGCCCGCGCGCUCGCUGCGCAGAAAGGAUCGACGGGCAGCACCAUGCUCAACUUCUUCCGCGACGAGCCCAGCCAGCAAGAGAUGCAGCAGCAGCAGCCGCCAGCGGGCAUCAGCAGCGAUGCUCAGAUCUCAGAUUCAGUCAUGCCGUCCGCGCUGGGUCUCGAUGCCGGCGACACGGAGUCUGCUGACGCCAUGAUGGAAGAGGGUAGUCCCGGCGUCGACCAAGACGAAGAAGAGGAGGACGAAGACGAGCAAGGCUUCGGGGCCGCGCUCGAGCAUGCCGAAGAGAGCUUGAACACACUCGAGCGCAUCUUCCUGUUCGCCAAGAGCGAUCAGGCCUACCACAGGGUCCUCGUCUCUCAAUCGCUGCCCGAGUGGAUCCGCGAAGUCGAGCUCAAUGAUGCGGUUGAGUACAUUAUCCCGUUGCUGAAUGGACUCGCGACCGACGAAGCCGAGGUCUGCGCAGCAUUUGCGCCCGAGAUUGGCAGGGUCAUGUGGUUCUUCUUCCGCAAUUGCCCCAUCGCCGAGCUUGCCGACGAGUCCAGCGAGAUGCAACACACGGACGACGACGAAGCCGAAAGGGCAUCGCGCCCAAAGAUCAGCCUCACCGCCUUCACGACGCUGUUGUGCGCGCUGUUGCUCAACCAAAAUACCGUGAUUGCCGGCGCGACGCAACAGUCACUCGUUCAACUAUUUUAUCGUCUCGAUCGUCGCGAUCUCGAGUUCUCCAAAGAAGAGCUCGCCGAAAAGCCUCAGGAACAGAUCCAGGCGAGACAGGAGGAGCAGGAUCUGGAGAGCUACGUCACGCACGCAUCGGGUCGAGAUGGACAGCCAGUGCCGCACGAUGACUACCGCUUCGACGACCAUGCCCGGAUGACUGUCAAGAACGAGCUGCUUGUCAACGUGGCCCUCGCGUUGGCGCAGAUUCAUCAUGGCCGCCACGGCGCAGAGCAGGACGAGCACAUCGACGAGCAGCAAGGCGCACCGACGGAUGGAGCGAAUGUCGAGGCGGAGGCGUCCAGCGCCACAACAGCAGAUGAAGCCAUGGAAGAGGACAACGCAGACGCCUCUGACAGCGCCAAAGCUACGAGCGAAAACGAGGCCUCGUCUGGAUCUAUCGCUGCCUCAAACGACGCCAUGGAUGAAGAGCCCGACUCAUUAGAAGCCAAUUCGUGGGGACAGGAGGGGAACAUGUUUGGCCAGCAGAGCGAUGACUCGGCUAGCGACGUGCAGAUCGACGAAGACGAGGAAUCGGCCGUCGGACGCAUGGCCUCGGUCAGUUUGCUCGCCGCACUGGCAGCAGACGAGCUGAUCCCACAAGAUGCGCUGCUGGACAGGUACGCUCCCGAGGUGCUCAAACUCAUCGAUGAUGGCGCCUUCUACGUUCGUAAAGAGGUGGCUAGCUCGCUUGGCCCCUUGUCACGCAACCUGACAGCCGAGCCCGUAGAGAACAAGGUGCUUCCCGCGCUCAACAAGGCCAUCCACGACCGCAACUGGCACGUGCGUCAAGCCGCUUGCUUCUCGGUCCCCGCUACUCUCGGAAAGCUCGGCGAGAAGCUUCGUCGCGAGACCACGCUGGUGUUCAUGCGAGCGCUGGUCAACGACGUCUCCCGAGCGCUGCGAAUGGCUGCCUUGGAGAUCAUCGGCGAAGUGAUUUACAUGUUCCAUGAAACCGAGGCGGGCGUGCCCGAGGAGCUUGUGCGCUUCUUCCUGGGUGAGCCCUUCGAUGGUCCACCCCAGCAAGGCGAUGCCUCGCUCACGUUCGACAAGACGAGCGAUCCGGAAGGCACAGAAGCGCUUUUCGAAGAGGAGAGCGCCAUGAUGAUGAUGGAUGCCGGCUCCGAUGCCGGGGUGCCCUCGUCCUUUGGCGGCGGCAACGGUCAAGACUCGCUGCUCGCCAGCUUUGGUUACGGCGGCGGAAACGAGAGCUCAAUGAUGGACGCGGCGCCGUGGGACACCAACUUCCGCGCCAACAACUUUGAUCCAGAGCGUCCGCUCGUCGUCGCUUACAACUUGCCCGCUGUCGUGCUCACGCUAGGCGCUAGUCAGUGGAGCAGAUUGAAGCAAGCGCACGCCGAGCUUACGAGGAGCGACAAGCCCAAGGUGCGCAAGAGCUUGGCAGCUUCAUUGCACGAAGUCGCCAAGAUCAUUGGGCCAGAUGCUACACGCGACGAUCUACUGCCGGCUUCGACGCGCUUCGUCGCGGACGACGACGUCGACGUGCGGACGGCUAUGUUCGACAACAUGGACGUGUUCCUUUCGUGCCUGCCCCAGGUCGAAGCAGAACGUACGCUCUCGGAGCUGCUUUCGCAGUGGUCAUCGGGCGCGCUGCGAGACUGGCGUCUGCGCGAGCGACUAGCGCUGCACAUUCCCAGCAUGGCCAAGCAAUUCUUGCUGCAGGAUGAAGACGGCAACCUGGUGUCGCUGAUGCAGCUGGCGCUGGCGGAUCCGAUCAGCGCGGUACGAGACGCAGGCAUUCACUGCGUACCGAACCUGUACAGGGCGUUCGCCGAGCACGACCAAGUGAUCGCUGACGGCUUCCUGGGCAUGGUGAGCGAUCUGGGAGACAGCCAGGGCUACCGUCUGCGCGUAGCUUGCCUGCUGUGCGUAGGUGCGCUGGUCGAGUCAGACAUCCAACGCUCGUCCUGCGAGUUGCUCUUGCUGAACCGGUUGAGUCAGAUGGGCGACGACAGCGUGGUCGACGUUCGCAUUGCACUGUCGCGCGUGCUGGCGCAGAUGUGCCGCAAGGACGAGCUGUACGCGCUGCCGCAGUCGAGGUCAGAGGAUCUAAACAAGCUCAUCGCAAAGCUCGCGCACGACGAUUCGGACGAAGUACGACAAGGCGUGUUUGGCAUCCUGUCGGAAGAGGAGCUGAACCAACACGCUGCGCUUCCACGAGAGGAGGGUAUCGAGCCAAGGAAGCUGGUGCUCGGUCCUGCUGAUGGUGGACCCCAUCGACCUGAGGGCGAAGGUGGCUUCACGAACCAAUUUGUGGACGCCGACGGCGAUGAUGGCGACGUCAAUGUGUUCCAGAUGGACGACGACAGCCAGUUCAGCGAGGCCAGUUCGGCCGAGAACACAGAUGGAGACGAGGAAAGUCAGGUCAACUCGGACGCAGAGGACGAUGCAGAGUCAUCUGGAUCCAAGACGCAGGCGCAAUCGGCGCAGCAUCUCGAGAUGUCGCGAGCAUCCAUCUUUGGCGGAGGCAAGCGCCAGACGGAGCUCGACUUUGGCACAGACUGGGUCAACGCCAAUGGACCUGCCUUCUUCGACUAUGGCGACAACGACGAGGACGAUGAGAACGAGGACGGCGAGCCCCACCAUCUGCUGGGCGUGGAUCACGAGUCGAGCGACAAAGAGGACGACGACAGCGAGGGCGCUCAACAAAACGAAGAUGAGCCGCAAGAUUCGCAUUCAGCAGACAACAGCAUGGAGGAGAGCAAUACGGAGCAUGGUAUCACGCUGUCUUCGCCGCAACGAGGCGUCGACGGCGCUGUGAGUGGUGAUGGCGACACAUCUGCAGACAGUCCAAGUCGACCAGGACCGUCGUCGUCCAGCAGCCCUGGCCAAGGCAAAGCUUCGGACCCGUUCCUGGCAUUUGUGGCUGGUCGGCAAUCGCAGCACCUGAGCAAGCAGCCGGCUGAUCAGGCUGGGCGUAUGUCUUUGCUGACGGGUGCAGCAUCCAAACGAUCGCGUCUGUCGAACGGCACAGCUGCGUUGCACCACGAAGCAGCAGCUGAGGAUGACGACGAGGAGGGACAAGUGCUCUCAAAGCCCGAGGACGACGAAGAGAUGAUGGGACGACGCUACAGUUCCAAGACGUCGGGAGACUGGUCUCAACUGACAGGCGAUGCGAGCGGUCAAGCCAAAGCAGCAGAUCGAGAUGGCAACGACGCUGUUGAGAACGGCGAAGAUCAGGACGACUUUGUUCAGGUAUAA